UCCGCUACAUGAAUAAUAUGCUACGCAAGUGCCAUGCGCUUUAGCGCGCACGCGAAAAAGCGUUUUUCGCUCGCCGCCGCGUGUGUGAGUGCCGCCACGUGAUUUUGACAGAGCGUUCGUCCCCGGGUCACGUCACGCGAGUGAGAGUGUUAUUAUCAGUUCCCUGAUAACCCAGCAUGCCCGUUUGAGAUUCAAAACGGCCACAGGAUGAUUACAAUGGGGUUCACGGCCAGUUUUCGAUACAACUGGCUUCUAGUCCUUUUCUUCGCAACCUUGUGUCUGGCCAACGAUGGGUUAUACGGACCUUCUAAAUAUCCAAAUGAUGUUCCUGAAUACGACCUCCUGCACGCCAUUGGAGUACCAUUCAGCAACCCUAAGACCCAAUAUUUCGACGAAGGCCUCGACGGCUUCCCGGCUUACGGUCUCAAACCUGGCUCAGAUAUAAAAUCCCCAUACCGACUCUUCAUGCCCGAAAAACUCUACGCUGAGUACUCAAUAACCGCUACUGUUCGACCCGCGAAUAAAGAUGGAGGAUUCUUAUUCUCCGUAGUAAACCCUUUAGAAACUGUGGUACAAUUGGGAGUACAGCUCAUUCCAUCUGGUCCCGGGCUGACAAAUAUAUCUCUUUUAUAUACAGAUGCUAACAUUUACGCUUUGUCUCAAACGAUUGCGUCGUUUGUUGUCCCGUCUUUUGCUAAGAAAUGGACUCGGUUUGCUUUAAGAGUUACUACAGAUAACGUUACCUUGUUUCUGAAUUGCCAUGAGUUUGAUACCGUGUCCGUCAAAAGGAAUCCCUUAGAACUUGUCUUCGAUUCUGCCUCUACGCUUUACGUUGGACAAGCCGGGCCUCUCAUCAGAGGAGCUUUUCAUGGUGCAUUUCAAGAACUGAAGUUGUACGGGUCACCGUCGCAAGCUGAGGUGCAAUGUGUCAACACUUUCGAGGAAAUGGGUAAAGGCAGCGGAGGCGACGAGAUUGACAUAGACAAUUUUUUGGUGGACCAAGAAGAAGGGGACGUAGAGGGCAGCGGGAGGUACGGGACCAUCCCCCCUUUUCCCCCACCCCCUCCAGGAUUAGACGGCUACCCGAUGCGAUGGCGAGGCGAAAAAGGCGACAGAGGACCGAGGGGUCCCCCAGGGGAAUCGAUAAGGGGCCCCCCAGGACCCCCUGGGCCCCCCGGAGUUCCAGGUACACCGGGGACUGUGGGUGAAUUCUCGGGAUCAGGAGAUGAUAUCGUGUAUGGAGAGAACUACAACCCAACGGGUCAGUGCGGCUGCAACGCUAGCGUGUUCCUGACGCUGCUGAAGACGAACCCCGAGCUGCGGGGUCCACCAGGCCCGCCAGGGUUGAUUGGCGCUGACGGACGCACAGGCGCCCCGGGUAUACCUGGUCAACCAGGAAUGCAGGGCGAAAGAGGGCCAGUGGGCCUUAGAGGUGAAAAGGGUGAACGAGGUGAUAUGGGCCCAAGAGGGUCCGAGGGACAACCGGGGCCUAAAGGAGAACCAGGAGUAGACGGCAGGCCAGGCAUUGUUGGACCUCCUGGGCCACCUGGCCCACCUGGCGUUUCAGAGUAUGGUAACUUUGAUGAUUCUCUACCUUACGGAGGGACUAUGGGAAGGCCUGGAGCCCCAGGGCCUAAAGGAGAUGCAGGUCAACCUGGACCCAUGGGGCCUUCAGGAGAAAGAGGCUUUACGGGGCACAAGGGAGAGAAGGGCCUACCAGGAAUGAAUGGACUCAAAGGAGAUAGGGGUUAUCCAGGACCUCAAGGCGACCGAGGACCAAAAGGAGACCGUGGAAGCCCAGGACUUGAUGGCAGACCAGGAAUGCCUGGUGCCAACGGGCGUCCUGCCGAUAAAGGAGAAAAAGGUGAACGAGGCGAGCCGGGUCCUCCUGGCCCCCCUACUUUACCAGCUGGUGUCUUCAGUCCUGAUGAUCCUGAAUUUCUGUCCACUGGACAAAUACCGGCUUUGGCGACUAAAGGGGAUAAAGGUGAAAAAGGCGAAAAAGGAAUCCGCGGUCUGGAUGGGACACCCGGUGUACCAGGCAAUGAUGGCACGCCGGGACAACGAGGGGACAUUGGGCCUUCCGGAAUGCCGGGCACCUCGGGCCCACCUGGGCCCCCUGGGCUCAAAGGAGAGAGGGGAGAAAGAGGCCCCCCCGGUCCAGUCAGCAUUACUUCAAGUGGUAGCGAUAUAAUCACUGUCAAGGGUGACAAAGGAGAUACAGGGCCUCGAGGUAGAAGAGGUCGGCCUGGCCCUCCCGGCCCCCGAGGACUUCAAGGCUUGCAGGGUCUACCUGGUCCGCCAGGAAGGCCAGGAGAUAAAGGGGAAUCAGGCAGCUCUGGGUGGGGGGGUCGACCGGGGUCAUUGGCUAUACCGGGACCCCAAGGUCCUAAAGGAGAAAAAGGCGAUCCAGGGAUCAACCUAAUGGAUAUAUCUAUGCUCAAGGGGGUAAAAGGGGAACGCGGUUUUGACGGCGUUCCUGGUUUGCCUGGAGCUCAAGGGCCACCUGGUCCCCCCGGGCCUGGAUCCCGUUCAGAAAGUGUUCAGUUUGUCCCUGGCCCCCCGGGACCACCCGGACCUCCGGGGCCCCCAGGGGUUUCCAUUGUGGGGCCCAAAGGAGAACCAGGCAUGAGCUACUACGAUGAACACCCUGUCCAUGGAAACACCAAAUUUUAUGGUAGGCCAGGUACUGGCGGAAGGAGCCCCUUUGAAGAACUCAAAGCUUUGAAAGAGUUGAAGGAUCUCAAAGAAGGGAGAGGGAAGGACGUGCCACCGCCACCACCACCAGUAAAUGUUGCAUCUGGGACUCCAGCUGAUGACUCCAAUGCUGGGAAAACGCUUCCUGGAGCUGCAAUCUUCCAAACAACUGAGGAAAUGCUGAAACAAGCUUCGGGGAGUUCUGUGGGGUCGCUGGCUUACGUGGUGGAGGAGCAAGCACUGUUGGUCAAAGUCAAUUCUGGCUGGCAAUAUGUUUCGCUCGGUUCUCUAGUAACGCAGUCUGCGCCCGCACCACUGACCCCUGCACCCCUUCCACCUCCAAUGCCCGCUGCCAGCCUGGUACAUGUACCACCCAUUUCCAACUACGUCGAGAGUCCACCUGCUCCAGUCGAUGGACCUAACCUUCGCCUAGCAGCGCUGAAUGACCCUCUGCCAGGCAACAUGCAUGGGGUGCGUCGAGCGGACUAUGCUUGCUACAGACAAGCCAGGAGAGCAGGCUACAGAGGCACCUUCAGAGCCCUAUUGACCAGCAGGAUACAGAAUUUGGAUUCCACAGUGCGCUAUUCAGACAGACAUCUUCCAGUGGUGAAUUCUGAAGGUGAUGUGCUGUUUAAGUCCUUCUCUGACAUCUUUGAUGGGAAUGGUGGUGUCAUGGCUGGCACGCCCAGAAUAUACAGCUUCAGUGGGAAGAAUAUCAUGACAGACCCGCAUUGGCCCCAGAAACUGAUAUGGCAUGGAUCUCACGCGGGGGGAGAGCGCGCCCUGGACACCUUCUGCGAAGAGUGGCAGAGCAGCGAACCAACUAGCCGCGGCAUGGCCAGCUCGUUGUAUUCACACAAGCUUCUGUCGCAGGAGAGAUACUCCUGCAAUAAUCACUUCGCAGUAUUAUGUAUAGAAGCAACUUCAACUGUGAAUGCGCGAAGAAAAAGAGAUACUAUACGAUACAAUUCCACUGGCUUAUUAGACGACGAGGAUUACCUUUAUAACGCUGAAGAAUACCAACAGCUGCUAAACGAGAUAUUUGCUCAACCGUUUAGAGAAACCUAGAAUUCGAUUUAGAUACAUUUCAAUUGCAAUCUGUGGAAACAGUAGAGACCGUCGAGUUCAUUUAGUCGAGGGUGGUUUGAGAUUUUGGCGGCGCUAAGCUUGGUGUUCAUCAGAGAUUCCUAUUAAAUUAAGCUGUUUAAGCUGCCAAUGAGAGUCACUAAGGCCACGUCUGUAUUAGUGUUGCAAAGGUAUCGAUAGUUUCACUAGAAGCUAGUAACAAUAUCGAUAUAGUGAUAGUAUUAAUAAAUAGCAAAACUUAAAUUGAGGAUAAGCUCUUGUUGAUGCAAUGUAGCUUAGUCUUAUUCACUUCUUCAUAAUAUUAUUACGAUACGGGUUAGUUAAUAUACUGUUUUUGACUUAUGAGUAAACAAACGCGAUUAUUUUUUUAAAUAUACUUCUUGAGUAACAAAGUAUAUACUUUUUGAGUAACAUUUUAGCCUGAGAGACCCCAUAAUAUUUUGUAUUAAAACUAUUCCAUCCUAAAAAAACUUAUUUUCGGAUCAAAGAUUCAAAUAUUUACCACGUGUGUAGUAUGAACCAGCGAUCCCUAAAGUGACCAAUACUACGAAAUUAUUAUCUGUUGGACAUAAUACUGAAAUAUAAAGCAUUUUUUAUAACAAAAAAAUAUAUCAAUUUCAGUAAAAAAUAAUGUUUUAAAAUGUCCUUAUUUAAAAUUGUCUCUUUUGAUUUGUAAUCAUUUGAUAUACCCAUGGGAUUUUUUUUUAUUUAUUUAUUAUUUAUUUAUUAUCAUUAUAUCCUUAAUCUAAAUACAUGGUUUGAAUGAUGCCGUUAAACCACAGAGGUUUGUCUCGGCACCCAUUCGUCGCAUUAAAACAGAAAAAUAAAAAAUAAAAUAAAAAUAAUAAUAUAAAAAUACAGAAAACAUUGAAAGAAAUGAACUCAAAAACACACACAGUGCACUGUCGUACCGAGUAGGCAUAAAUGCCAAUCAAUGCGGCGUACCUCGUAUACGAGAUUCCCUCUAAAACCAGUUUGUCGCUUCCUCGAUGCUUCAUAUACAUCAUGUUCUAUUAAUUGAUUGCCUAUUGUAACGUCGCAUCACGCCCACUUUAUCUAGCGGGGUAGGCAGUAGUGACUAUGUUAUUUGUCUUAUAUACACAUACAUACGUACCUAAAUAUAUAUUAUUA